AUGGCUCCAGCAAAUGGGAUGAAGCCGGUGAUACUGAUGUCGGUGGCUCAGGUGGCUCUCGCCGGAGGCAGCAUCUUCUUCAAGUUGGCCAUAUGCAGUGGCGCGAGCCUACCUGUCCUCAUCGCUUACCGCUUCGUCCUGUCCACCGCAGUUAUGGUUCCUCUUGCUUUCUUCUUCAACCGGGGAUCAUUAGGACACAAUCUAUAUUUGGAAAGUAUGGCACUAACGUCGGCUACAUUCAUGUCUGCAGUGGCUAAUCUUUUACCCGCCAUAACCUUCCUCGUUGGCAUAUUUGUAAGGUUGGAGAGAUUAGAGUUUGGAACAACUAUAGGGAAAGCAAAAGUAUUCGGGACAUUAGUGGGAAUAGGUGGAGCAAUGCUAUUCACCUUUUACAAAGGCUUUUCUAUUGAUUUCUUGAAGUCCAACAUUAAUCUUCUCCUCGGCACCAACACCAGCCACGUGACUUUGCCGGCGUCCGAUCACCGUGUGUUGGGAGCCUGCUUGGCCCUUUUUAGCUGCUUCUCCUAUGCUAUAUGGAUCAUUAUACAGGCAAAGAUGAGCGAAACAGUACCAUGCCAAUACGCGAGCACAGGGUUGAUGAGCAUAAUGGCUUUGUUUCAAUCGACUAUCUAUGCAUUAUGCGUAGAGAGAGAUUGGUCACGAUGGAAGCUCGGGUGGGACAUAAGGUUAUGGACCAUUGCAUAUUCGGGAACAAUGGGAACAGCACUAGUAGUGACACUAAUGGCAAUUAGUUCGAGACUAAGGGGACCACUCUUUGUAGCCGCGUUCAACCCACUCUUGCUCAUAAUUGUCGCCUUGGCUGGGGCUUUGUUCUUGGAUGAAAAGCUUUACUUAGGAAGUGUACUGGGAGCAAUAAUGAUCGUAUGUGGAUUAUAUGCUGUGUUGUGGGGAAAACAUAAUGAGAUGAAGAAAAAGCUGAGUGGAUUAGUUUUAUCGGAGAAAAUCGAAGUACAAAAAUCACUUGAUACCAUUGUUGUCAGUGGUAGCAAUGGCGACUCUUCGGAAGAAAUGAAAAUGAAAGAAAAUGGUAUAAGUGAAAGAAAGGAAGCGGUGAUGUCUUGUCCUUAA